UUCCCGGGUGCCUGUCCUGCGCGUGCGCAGUGCCGUUCUGCGCUUGUCAUCAUGGCGACGCGGGGCCAUGUGCAGGACCCUAACGACAGGCGCCUCCGGCCCAUUUACGAUUAUCUUGAUAAUGGUAAUAAUAAAAUGGCAAUUCAGCAAGCAGAUAAACUGUUGAAGAAACAUAAGGAUCUUCAUUGUGCUAAGGUCUUAAAGGCAAUUGGUCUACAGAGAACUGGAAAGCAAGAAGAAGCCUUCACCUUGGCACAGGAGGUGGCAGCCCUUGAACCCACAGAUGACAACUCACUGCAGGCACUGACUAUUCUUUACCGGGAGAUGCAUCGACCGGAGUUAGUUACAAAACUUUAUGAGGCAGCUGUGAAGAAAGUUCCCAAUAGUGAGGAGUAUCACUCUCACCUUUUCAUGGCCUAUGCCAGAGUGGGUGAAUACAAGAAAAUGCAACAGGCUGGCAUGGCUCUAUAUAAGAUUGUCCCUAAAAACCCUUACUACUUUUGGUCUGUGAUGAGCUUAAUUAUGCAAUCUAUAUCAGCACAGGAUGAAAACCUCUCAAAAACAAUGUUUCUGCCGCUUGCUGAGAGAAUGGUUGAAAAAAUGGUGAAAGAGGACAAGAUAGAAGCUGAGGCUGAAGUUGAACUUUAUUAUAUGAUCCUGGAACGUUUAGGAAAGUACCAGGAAGCCUUGGAUGUCAUCAGAGGGAAAUUAGGAGAGAAAUUGACAAGUGAGAUUCAGAGUCGAGAAAAUAAAUGCAUGGCUAUGUACAAGAAGUUGAGCAAGUGGCCUGAGUGCAAUGCCCUAUCUCGGCGCCUCUUACUAAAAAACUCAGAUGACUGGCAGUUCUAUCUGACUUAUUUCGAUUCUGUCUUUCGACUGAUUGAAGAAGCCUGGACUCCUCCCGCUGAAGGUGAACAUUCUUUAGAAGGGGAAGUACAUUAUUCCACAGAAGAAGCUGUGAAGUUUAUAGAAGAUCGGAUAACAGAAGAAUCUAAAAGUUCUCGACAUCUUCGAGGACCACAUCUAGCUAAACUGGAGCUGAUUAGACGUUUACGAAGUCAAGGUUGUAAUGAUGAGUAUAAACUGGGUGAUCCAGAAGAAUUAAUGUUCCAAUAUUUUAAAAAGUUUGGGGAUAAACCUUGUUGUUUUACAGACCUUAAGGUGUUUGUUGACCUUUUGCCCACUGCACAGUGUACAAAAUUUGUUAAUCAGUUACUUGGAGUUGUUCCUUUGUCGACACCAACAGAGGAUAAACUGGCACUACCUGCUGACAUCAGAGCUCUGCAGCAACAUCUGUGUGUGGUGCAGCUGACAAGGUUACUUGGCUUGUAUCACACCAUGGAUAAAAAUCAGAAAUUGAAUGUGGUCAGAGAAUUGAUGUUAAGGUACCAGCAUGGACUGGAGUUUGGAAAGUCCUGUUUGAAAACAGAAUUGCAGUUUUCUGACUAUUAUUGUCUCCUUGCUGUCCAUGUACUUAUUGAUAUAUGGAGAGAAACAGGUGAUGAGACCGCUGUGUGGCAGGCUCUGACUUUGCUGGAAGAGGGAUUGACCCACAGCCCUUCUAAUGCUCAAUUCAAAUUGCUGCUUGUUCGCAUCUACUGUAUGCUGGGUGCAUUUGAACCAGUAGUGGAUCUUUACUCCAGCCUUGAUGCUAAGCAUAUCCAGCACGAUACCAUUGGUUAUCUUUUGACCCGAUAUGCGGAAUCUCUAGGUCAGUAUGCUGCUGCAUCCCAGUCCUGUAACUUCGCACUCAGGUUUUUCCACUCCAACCAGAAAGAUACCUCAGAAUAUAUUAUUCAAGCUUACAAAUAUGGUGCGUUUGAGAAGAUCCCAGAAUUUAUCGCUUUUAGGAACAGGCUGAAUAAUUCUCUUCAUUUUGCACAAGUCCGUACUGAACGGAUGCUUUUAGACCUUCUACUUGAAGCAAAUAUAUCAACUAGCCUAGCAGAAAGUAUAAAGUCAAUGAAUCUUCAGCCUGAAGAAGAUGACAUUCCAUGGGAAAAUUUGCGAGACAACAGAGACUUAAAUGUUUUCUUCAGCUGGGAUCCAAAAGACAGGGAUAUUUCUGAAGAACAUAAGAAACUUUCCAUGGAGGAGGAGACCUUGUGGUUAAGAAUCCGAUCCUUAACAUUGAGGCUGAUCAGUGGACUUCCAAGUCUCAACCACCCUGUGGAGCCAAAGAACUCAGAAAAGACUGCUGAGAAUGGUGUAUCUUCCCGGAUUGAUAUUCUUCGUUUGCUCCUUCAACAGUUGGAGAUGGCCCUGGAGACGGGAAAGCGAUUUAUUGAGAAGGAAAUUCAGUAUCCUUUCCUUGGUCCUGUACCUACCAGAAUGGGUGGAUUCUUUAAUUCUGGCUGUUCUCAGUGCCAGAUAAGCUCUUUUUAUCUUGUUAAUGAUAUUUAUGAGCUGGAUACCAAUGGUUUAGAUGAUACAGUGGAGAUCCAGGAGCGAAUAGAAAAUAAUCUUAAGUCUUUACUGGAACAAUUAAAAGAUAUCUUCAGUAAAUGUAAAGGUGACCUCUUAGAAGUUAAAGAUGGUAACUUGAAAACACAUCCUACUCUUUUAGAAAACCUAGUCUUCUUUGUUGAGACUAUUUCCAUUAUCCUUUGGGUGUCCAGUUACUGCGAGAGUGUCCUGCGACCAUACAAAUUAAAUUUACAGAAAAAGAAAAAGAAGAAAAAAGAAACCAGCAUCAGCAUGCCACCCGUCUUUACCAGUUUUCAAGAUUAUGUUACUGGGCUUCAGACUUUAAUUUCCAGUGUUGUGGAUCAUAUUAAAGGGCUUGAAACACAUCUAAUUGCACUUAAACUUGAAGAACUUAUUUUAGAAGACACUUCUCUCUCACCGGAAGAAAGAAAAUUUUCAAAGACUGUUCAAGGGAAAGUGCAGAGCAGUUAUCUGCACUCACUUCUUGAAAUGGGGGAGCUACUGAAAAAAAGACUUGAGACCACAAAGAAACUAAAAAUUUAAGGAAGUAUGAAUUGCAGGCACUGAUGACUCUACAACAGAAAGUCAUACCAUCUUCCCAGGCAAAAGCAACAUCUAGUUGGCCAUCAUUUUUAAUCCAGAACUUCCUCAAAAUGCAUGAAGGACUUUGAUCGUGAAUUAAUUUUUUUAGGAUUAAAUAUAUACAACUGAUUAAAUUAUUGUAUAUAAAGCAGAAGCAGGACCCUCAUCUGGGUUUGACCACUUUUUAUACAUGUUCAUAUACAUAUGGCAGCAACAAAAGAACCCCACUUACCUUCUCUUGUAUUGUCAGAAACAUCUAGGUGAGGGGUGUGCGGGGCAGGGGUGGGGGAGGUUCCUAUAAAAGCAGCAAUAGAAAUUAAGCAUAAAGCAUCAACCUCAUAGCAGCUUAACAGCCCUCCCAUUAUAGCGGUGGAAGUUUUGGUCUGGUCCUUGAGCCACAGGAAAUAGAGGGGAGCAGGCCCUUUUUUCACAGCAGCAGGUUUGUUUUAAGGCUUCCUCAGCUGCUUGGCUCCCAGAGAACAGGUACACAAGGCCUUAAAUGAGAUGUGACGUAAAUAUCUGCCUGCUCAGGUGACCCCAGGCGCUCAUUUUUUGGCUCAACUUUUGCCUCAUAGCCAAGACAUGUUCAUCCUAGCUCCUGUGAGAGUUAAAUCUAAGGAAGACUUUGUUAAUUUAUAACUGUUCAGAGGGAAAAGCAGUGCAGACCACUUAAUAUACCUGCAGAGGACUAGCUUGCUCUCUUUCAUUCAUUUGGGAAAGAUGGGAAUCACUGUUUUAAAGAAAAGAGGUGUACAUAAUGUAUGCAGGCAAGUCUGAUACUUGCUUCAUUGGUUUUUGAGUCAUAUACUACAAUUGAUUCAUGAGUCAUGUGUGUGUGUGUGUGUAUAUAUAUAUAUAUAUAUGCUUGAAAAUUAAGAUUUAAUACUUAAGUGUUUUUAAGUGGGGUUUGGGAAGGAAAGAAUGUACAUUAUGGAUUUAAUCUAGGUUUUAUGUUUUAAGCUGGCAAAAGGAAUGUUAUCCAGUGGGUUUAAGGUUUGGUCUAUUUUCUUCAAACAUGGAAAAUUAUAUCAGAAUGUUUACUUUGUUUACCUGGAGUUUCCCAAGACUAUAGUUUCGGAGGUUGGUCUGUCAGAGAGAUAAAUAUUGCUCUUGGAAAUGUUAUACAGUUUCUUUGAUAACAUUUUUGUGUUUUGAACCCCUGCUUCUGUUUUUGGUCUUUCUUACCUAAAUACAGUUCAAAUUAGUAAUUCUAUAAGAGCAAAGAUAUGAACUUGAUGUGGAAAUACAAGUGUCUGAUGGAAGAUUGGUCUUGAAGACUUUAAAGGUUCUUUCCUAUGCACUGCUCCAGUAGUGAUACUUUUUCUUUUAAGAGCAACCAAGAGAGAGCUGGGAGAAUCUCUAUUAUGCAAAGCAAUUGCAUCUUCCCCUUUCUUGACUUUCAUAGAUUCAGUUUGAUAUGGUGAUUAAUAACUGUUUAAACUUCAAGAAAAUUUUUAAAAAUUACCUUUCAAAAUAAGACUUAUUGCAAAUCCUAGUCUAUCAAAGUAAUUUCAGAAAUUUAUUUUUUAUACAAAUGGGUAGGCACAUCCCAAAAGGGAGAACUGUCUUGAACAACAUGAACUAAAAAAUCUGAUUUUGAUUCUGAAUUUCAUUUAAUGACAGCAUAUCAUACUCAUAACUAUGGCCUAUUUUAGACAGAACUUUGUGUCUGCUGGGGGGUGGGGUACGUGUGUAGCAUGUGUUCUUGAAAUGAUGUUUCCUUGAAUAUCAAAAAAAAUACUGUACUGUAGAAAUGCUCUUUGAAAAAGUCUAUCAACUGACCAUGAUCAAUCUAGCAUCUGUGUGCUCAGUAAGCUGGCCUUGAUCCUCAGGGACAGUGCGUGACUGUAGUAACAAGUCUUUUGCCUGGAGGUAUCUGGAAUCUUUGCUGGUUUUAAUGACAAAUAAUGUUAAGGUUAUGCUUCUCCACUUCCUACUAAAUAUCGCAUUAGAUCCAACUCUCACAUUUUGAGAUUAAUUGUAUAAAGAAUGAAAUUAUGCAGAAAAGGCCAAUAUCUCUUAUCAGUCUGUUCUUUUGGAAACUGUCAUGCACUAUAAAUUGUGUACAGUUUAAAAAUGCAUAUAUAUUAUAUAUAUUCUUACAUGAGUAAAAAGCACCCUCUCCCAGAAAUCUAUGUCAUUGGUAUUUGAAAAGAAUUCUCAGAUAACCCAUUGCUGCUGCUGUUUUUGGUUUGUAUGAGUUUUUUUGUUUUUGUGUGGUAAAAAUUGAUAUUUUAAAAAAAAAAAAGGAAAGGAGAAAAAACACGACUACUGUUUACAGACUGAAAAAUUAUUGCUUUUUAUACUACUGAGAUCCUAAGUUAAGAUUUUCCAAAGCAAACAUUUGGUUUAAAUCAUUUAUCUGAUGUAGAUAAGAAAUAGAGAAAUUUUUAGUGUUCUUCACAUAAUGGAAAAUGUACAAAUGCCUAGUUGUGUUGCCCAUCAAUUUUGUAUAUUUUCAUAAUUUUAAAUGUUCAAAAUUGCUUUAUAUUUUGCAAUCACUAUGUUCAACCUGGAUUUGUCUUUCAUUUUAACUUUUAAUAUAAAAGGGGUUUCAAUGUAUUGACAGGUUAUUGAAACUCUUCUUAUUACUUGAUGUGAUUUAUUAAUAUGGGAAGUAUAUAUUCUUCCUUCUUCAAAACUAAGUUAAACACAGCAAAUCUACUUUAAACUGGAUGGAUUAAUUUAUAUAAACAAUUACAUUUUAAGUUG